GAAACGCAUUACCUGUAACAGUUUUCAGCAGAGGAUCAAGAGAAAAGCAUCAAUUCACGGAGGGACAAAAAGAAAACAGAUAGACAAACUGCUGGAGGAAAAUAAUUCAUCUGACAGCAAAGAUGCAGUGGAGUCUGAUUCUGCUCUUCCUGAUGGCUCAGUGUUGCUUCAUUGACUGUCAGCUCUAUCAGUUUCACUACAUUAAUGAGAAUAAAACCUGGACUGAAGCUCAGCAGUACUGCAGAGAGAAUCACACUGACCUGGCCACAGUGACUAACAUGAAGGACAUGAAGAGACUCAUCAACAUCUCAGCUGGAGAUCAGAGUGAAGCUUGGAUUGGUCUGUAUAAUCCAACAAAUGGUACCAGAACACAGUACUGGUCUCUGCCUGGAGUGGAGUUCAGUGUCAACGAGACAAACUGGAACCCAGGAGAAUCCAAUGAUUGUGGAAAACAGGAGAAUUGUGGCUUGUUGGUAAAUACUUCUAAAUGGGGAUAUGCAAGUUGCUCCAUCCAAAGAUAUUUCCUCUGCUACAAUGAUACGAAUACAACUCAGAAAUAUCACCUGAUUAAAGACAUGAAGACCUGGCAGGAAGCUCAGAGUUACUGCAGAGAGAAUCACACAGACUUGAUCAGUGGAACGAAGCAACUACAGGAUGGAGAAGUGGAAAAAGUGAUCAAGUCCACACACAGAAAACCAUUCUUUGGUUUGUUCAGAGACACCUGGAGGUGGUCAGAUGGAAGCAGUUUCUCUUUCAGACACUGGAAUCUACAGUUUACCAACUAUCAACCCAACAGAGGUCAAUGUGCCAAGACUAAGUUUGAUGAUAAAGGCAGAUGGAUGAAUGAGAGUUGUGAUGUGCAGAAACCCUUCAUCUGUUAUGAUGAUAAAGUGAUCCUGAUCAAAGAAAAUAAAACCUGGGAGGACGCCUUGUACUACUGCAGAGAUCAUCACCAUGACCUGGUCACCAUCACCAACAUGGAUGAUCAGAGAUGGAUCCAGGAGAAAGUCAAGAACGCAUCGACUCCUUUUGUCUGGAUGGGUCUGCGCUACACCUGCACUCUGGAUUUCUGGUUCUGGGUCAGUGAUGAGGUGGUCAUCUAUAAGAACUGGGCUGAAGGUGAACCGACGGACGACUGUGACAUGUCUGGUGCCAUGGAGACGAGAGGAGAACAUAAGUGGAGGAAGAAAAAUGAUCUUGAGGAAUUUAAUUUCAUUUGUUCUAAAACUUAAAAUCCACUCUGCUCUUUCUUUUUCUUUCAUUGUCUCUGAGAUUUUUACAUAGAUCUCGAUGUUGUCUUUUUUUUUCUUGUGGUUUCAGUAACAUGCAUGUGUCACAUAUUAUCAUUUUACUGCAUAUGAGAUUGUUUUUGGUUCUGUGGAUUUACUGCACUGAAACAAACUUCAUUGUGAUUUAUUUACCAUGACAACAACAUUUUAUUCUAAUUCUCAUCAUUUAUGCUUUUAGUUUGUCAAUUUGAGCUACUUUAAUAUUAUCUUUUAUUAUUAUACGGUAACAUGGCUUUGCUCUUUAAGUUGUUAAUAUUUUUGGCACAUUCUUUCAGAAUAUUACCAUUAACUAUUCACUAGGAGUCAUCUUCUGUGAAACACUUUGUGUUUUAUCAUACUGCAUAUA